AUGCCAGCGUCCGGAAAUCUCUCCCUUCGCUUGUGCUUAAUCAUCUACAGAGAGAGAGGAGGAGGUGGGGGAGGAGGAGGGGGAGGUGGAGGUGAUGGAGCAGGAGGCGCAUGUGGUGGAGGAGGAGUUGGAAGGGGAGGAGGAGGUGAUGAGCAGGAGGCGCAUGUGGUGGAGGAGGAGUUGGAAGGGGAGGAGGAGAAGGAUGUGGUGGAGGAGGAGUUGGAAGGGGAGGAGGAGAAGGAUAUGGUGGAGGAGGAGUUGGAAGGGGAGGAGGAGAAGGAUGUGGUGGAGGAGGAGUUGGAAGGGGAGGAGGAGAAGGAUGUGGUGGAGGAGGAGUUGGAAGGGGAGGUGGAGGUGAUGGAGCAGGAGGCGCAUGUGGUGGAGGAGGAGUUGGAAGGGGAGGUGGAGGUGAUGGAGCAGGAGGCGCAUGUGGUGGAGGAGGAGUUGGAAGCGGAGGAGGAGAAGGAUGUGGUGGAGGAGGAGGUAAAAGGAAGAGGUGGAGGUGGAAGAGGAGGAGGUGGAGGAAGAGUAGGGGGUGGAGGAGGAAGAUGA